AUGGGCCGCCACGUCCUGGGCUCCUCCUCGCUCCUCAGGCUCCUCCUCAGUCUCCCUGGGUUCCUCCUCGCUCCUCAGGCUCCUCCUCAGUCUCCCUGGGUUUCUCCUCGCUCCUCGGUCUCCCUGGGUUCCUCCUCGCUCCUCGGUCUCCCUGGGUUCCUCCUCGCUCCUCGGUCUCCCUGGGUUCCUCCUCGCUCCUCGGUCUCCCUGGGUUCCUCCUCGCUCCUCGGUCUCCCUGGGUUCCUCCUCGGUCUCCCUGGGUUCCUCCUCGCUCCUCGGUCUCCCUGGGUUCCUCCUCGGUCUCCCUGGGUUCCUCCUCGCUCCUCGGCCUCCUCCUGCCGCUCUCCGCUGACUCUGGGAGAGAGUGGUCUGGAUUUGGUGAAUAUUUCAGCAGCAGGGUUCAGGUGA